AUGCCAUCGAAGAACAGCCGGGAGUCUGAAGAAAGUGCAGGUGAAGAUGAAUUUCAGGUGGAAAAAAUCCUGAAGGUUCGUAUAAGAAAUGGACGAAAAGAGUACUUCCUCAAAUGGAAGGGUUACUCAGAGGAGGACAAUACAUGGGAGCCAGAAGAAAACUUAGAUUGCCCUGACUUAAUCAAGGAAUUCGAAGAAAGACGAGCUCGUGAAAGAACCUCACUUACUAGCCCUGCCAGGACUUCGAGUGCUGACUCUAAACUAAAAAACAGAUCUAAAGGAUCGUCACUCAGUUCAGAUAGCGCUAAGGACAUUAGUGAAGAAGUACCCGAACCAGCAAAGAAAAAGCGAACAUCCAGCAUACCUGCGAGUGUGGAAGAGUCAGCUAGCGAAGUGCCAAAUGUUCCAGAUGAACCAAAGGAACCUGCAAACGAAGACCAGAAGCAGAAAGUUGUCAAAGCGACUGGGAAAACGCGCGGAUUUGCUCGAGGGUUAAAAGCUGAAAGGAUUAUUGGAGCUACAGACUCAAGUGGUGAACUGAUGUUUUUGAUGAAAUGGAAAGAUUCUGAUGAGGCUGACUUGGUACCUGCUCGCGAAGCAAACAUCAAAUGUCCACAAAUCGUUAUCCGUUUUUACGAAGAAAGACUAACCUGGCACACACCUGAAAAUCGGCCUUCUGGGACUCCGCGUUCUGGAUCCACCACUCCAAGCGCUGCAACUGCAGCAGCACGCACUUGA